AUGGACGCUACAUUGACAGCUCAAGCGGCCUGGCGAGAAGCUCUUCCCUUACUCGGUACCAAGUACAGGUUUGUGACGCAUGGCAUCCUAGCAAUAGCCUCGCUUCAUCUUUCCCGGCUUGCUGGGACGGAGAAGGAGCAACAGAUGUAUCAAGAUAUAGCUGCGACUCAAAUGAACACUGGUCUGACGCAGUACCGUGUUGAAGUCCAAAAUAUGACGACAAAGAACGCCGAAGCCCUGUUCGCAUUCUCUACGACCACUACGACCUUUGUUCUCCAUACUGCUGGUGCCGAAUGUGAAGCAACACUGAGGUCUAUCAGGAGGCACGACCUUUCGAUCGAAGAAACGCUCGGCUCAAUCUCGGCAUUAUCGAAGGCGAUAUGUAGGAUUUUGCGCUCUAUACGCGGAGUACUGGUCAUCAUAGUUCCUUGCUGGGAUUGUAUUUACAAUGGACCACUUCGCCCCAUUACUGAUCGUGAAUGGUGGCCUGCGCCUGUACCGGUCACCGCAGAAGAACUUGACGAGAAUCGAAAGCUUCAACGGUUAGAGACAAUGUGGUCUCGCCAUGGAAGAAACUACAACUACUCAUUCCAUACCCUUCGCCACGCUUUGAAAGACCUGCGAGAAGCCUUCGCUCUUGUGUCAAGGCUUAGGUGUCUUGCUCAGUCUGGUGAUACAAGGUGCGCAACCUCUUUCGACUGGACCUCGGUUUUCAGCUGGCCAGUGCAGCUGUCCCUUGAAUUCAUGGCAUUGCUCGAACAACGAUGUAUGGAGGCAUGGGUACUGAUCGCUCAUUAUGCGAUACUACUGUCAAGGGUCACAGGAGUCAUGUGGCUCGAUGGUUUGGCUGCCAAUCUCAUAGCAACUGCUGCGCUUGUCAUUGGCGAGGACAACUGGGCAUGGGUCGAGUGGCCUGCAACUGCAACCAACAUGGAUCUGACAUUUCUACGAAAUCUGGCAAAACCGUCUCCGCAAACUCAUACCUCAAUGAGAGAGACAACCGCAGAACGCCCAACUGAAUCGCUCCAAGCCGACUCCGACUCGUCGCGCUCAUAA